UUGACCCGGAAGCUUUCAUAAGGGUCACACAGUUACUGUGCUGUUUUAGUGUUUUGUUUCUCACUCGGCCGCUCUUAUCUUUCUUACAGAAUAGUCCUUUCAUUUAAUCAAACAAACUGAUGAUGAUGGCUCCGGGGAUGGAAUUCAUGAAUUCAGAGGUCUCCACUGGGACCACUAUUAUGGCAACAGAGUUUGAUAAAGGAGUAAUCCUUGGUGCUGACUCAAGAACAACCACAGGAGCAUACAUUGCCAACCGUGUGACUGACAAACUGACCAAGGUGACAGACUACAUCUACUGCUGUCGCUCAGGCUCUGCUGCUGACACUCAAGCCAUUGCCGACAUUGUCAAGUACCAUGUGGACUUUCACAGAAUGGAGAUGGGAGAGGAGCCCCUAGUGAAGACAGUGGCUCACAUGUUCAAACAGUUGUGCUACGACUACAGAGACCAGCUGACGGCCGGCAUCAUUGUGGCAGGAUGGGACAAACAGAAUGGCGGACAGGUGUACUCAAUCCCCAUCAGCGGUAUGCUUCAGCGCAUGCCUUUCACCACAGGGGGUUCAGGCAGCACAUACCUGUACGGCUACGUGGACGCUCACUACAAGCCAAACCUGAGCAAAGAAGACAGUCUACAGUUUGUCUCUAACUCUGUGGCGCUUGCCAUGAGCCGUGACGGGAGCAGCGGUGGCAUUAUACGACUGGCGGCCAUCACGAAGGACGGAGUGGAGAGAUUCGUCCUCACAGGGGAUCAGGUGCCCAGCUUCUACGAGGACAGUUAGUCAGUGAGGACAACAUUUAGCUGAUAUACUGCGAUCUACUGCAUACUGGGACUCUGUUUGUGGCAGUGUUGUAGAGUGUGUGGGGAGAUGUGUGCUUGAAGAUUGUAAGGAUCUAGAAUCAUGAAUGUAUGAUGAGUUCUCUAUCAUAGUUUUCCUGUUUUCUUGUUUUUGUUGUACGAAGGAACCAAUAAAACUAUUGUCCUUUUUUCUUUGUUACUUUUGCACAAAGAAGGAACAGAGUAAAAGACUUGUGGUUGGGUUUUUUCUUUUGUACUGGGUCUUUUGUAAGUUGUAGAUGUGUAUGUAUGCGAAGUGCUUGAAGACAUUUGGGGAAUGUGGGGACUGGUAGAAAUUUAGAAAGACUUCAGGGGGUUCUGUCCUGAUGUUCUUCAUUUGUUAUUGAGUUUGCGUCCUUUAGUACUUGUACUGGAAAAUGAGUGUGAUAACACUGUCAGAUUUUGUCGCAUCUAAAUGAUGUUAUGUGAGGAGGUGUGUUAACUGCUCUUGACACUUGAAUGCUAAUUCAGCCAAUUUAUUUUGUCAAGCACUAAUCCAAGUUCAAAGAUGGGUCUAUCUUGCUUUUAGGGCUUAAAAUAAUGGUUUUGAUAAGGUAAUAUGCGUAAAUGCAAGUGACAAAGUAGUUAUGCUUGUGAGGAAGUUCCCCAUUGUGUUGCAUGAAAUUAGGCUUAUGAGACCUAAUGGAUUUUUCUCAUCAAUUCCUGUAUGAUUUUGUCAUUGAAGUUUGUCGAAUAAAAAUGUUCACAGUUA